AUGAGUGGUGUCACCACCACCGCCACCGGUAAGGCUCCGCCGACUUUGACGGUGUGCAAUGUCGACGAUGACGGUAUACAAACGGAAAUUAAAUAUGACGACGACGACGACGACGACGACAAUGGAAAACGGGAAUAUAAAAAAUCAGCGAGUUUCGGCGGAUUUCACGACAUAUUAAAACACCAUGCACGUAUUUUACACGUUGACGUGGAAAUAGAACGAACGCUUUACGAUUUUCUUUUUUCUUUUUCUUUUUUUUUUUCUGGCCCCCCAUUCAGUUCCGAUCGACGGAGUAGUAGCGAUAGUAAAUCACCGAACAGGAAUAAAGAAAGAAAAUCUUCUUGGUGGGAUUCGGGAGAAUCGUUGGAUAAUUCGGGACGUAAAACGUCAAAAUCCUCUGAUGAUAAAUCAAAAUGGUGGGGUUCGACGGAAUGGUUGUUGUUGUUUAAUAAAAACGAUAAAUCUCCGGGAAAAGGAAACGGUAACGAAAAAACAAAAUGGUGGAGUUCGACGGAAGGGAUUUUUUUUAAUGGAAAAGAUAAAUCCACGAAUCGCGACGACGACGACGAUGAUGAUGCGUCGUCGAAAAAAUCCCCGGAAAGUCAUGGCACGAUCGGUUUGAAAAACGAAAUGAAAACAACGACGGGAACGACGGGAACGAAAAAAAAUUCUGGAGAGGGAUUUAUGAAAAUUAAAAACAAAAACGAAAGAAGGAAAUCAAAUCCGAAUAUUGAAAAUGGCGAAAGUGAAAAAAAAUCGACUGGAAAAUUACAUGGGAAAAUAAUUGGAAAAGCGGAAAAAUUUUUACAACACAAUGCGAAAUAUCUCAACCUACCCGUGUACGAAACCAAAUCCGUACAUCCGAUACCUGAAAAAAAAACUAGAAAAACGAGCUGUUUUCUCGAGGUUCCCAAACCUGAUGAUGUUAUUUUCGGUGGUAAAGAAUUUAGAACCAGGUCGAAAUCAUUGGACGAUGGAGAUUCUAGAAAAUUUUUAACGGAUUGCGAAACGACGUACAGGAUAUACGAAACCAUAGUUAAGGAGGGUGCACUUCUCAGGAGGAGUUCUUUGGAUCCCGAAAGGAGAAGAUUAUCUCUCGGACCGGUUAAUUCCGCUCAUGGACCACACAGAGCUUCUGAUGCUUUUCUAGAUCCCCAUCAUGCCGCAAUACUUUUCAGAGAUUCAAGAGGGCUUCCAGUUGCCGAUCCAUUUUUGGAAAAGGUCAAUAUGUCGGAUCUUGAGGAAGAUGAAAGUCAAAUAUUUGUUAAGUUUUUCCGUUUUCACAAAUGUUACGACCUCAUACCAACUAGUGCCAAGUUAGUCGUUUUCGACACUCAACUAUUAGUCAAAAAAGCCUUUUUCGCCCUCGUUUAUAACGGUGUGAGAGCGGCUCCGUUAUGGGAUAGCGUAAAACAAAAAUUCGUUGGAAUGUUAACAAUAACGGAUUUUAUAAAAAUAUUAAGAAUGUAUUACACAUCGCCGAGCGUUACUAUGGACGAAUUGGAAGAGCACAAAUUAGACACGUGGAGAAAUGUUUUAAAAGUUUUACCGUUGGUUUACAUUUCUCCAGAUUCGAGUCUUUACGAUGCAAUAAAAACGUUAAUUAAUAACCGGAUACACAGGUUGCCGGUUAUAGAUCCGGAAACGGGUAACGUUUUGUACAUACUCACUCAUAAAAGAAUUUUACGCUUUUUAUUUUUAUACAUAAACGAUUUACCAAAGCCUUCGUACAUGAACAAAACUCUGGGAGAACUCAAAAUAGGUACGUUCGAAGGUAUCGAAACGGCAACGGAAGACACAUCAAUUAUAUUAGCAUUAAAAAAAUUUGUCGAAAGGAGAGUGUCCGCAUUGCCGAUGAUAGACAAAGAUGGUAAACUUGUGGAUAUAUUUGCAAAAUUUGACGUCAUCAAUUUGGCGGCUGAAAAAACAUACAAUAACCUCGACGUGUCUUUAAAAAAAGCCAACGAACAUCGUAACGAAUGGUUUGAAGGCGUUCAAAAAUGUACCUUAGAUGAAAAAUUAUUUACAAUAAUGGAGAGAAUCGUUCGAGCGGAAGUUCAUCGUUUGGUCGUCGUCGAUGAUUCGGAUAAAGUCAUCGGAAUUAUUUCAUUGUCGGAUUUGUUGUUUCAUUUAGUUCUUAAACCCGGUGGUGAAAAUGGUUCUGCCGCAGAUUCGGAGAAAAAAUCAUUGCGUCAAUCGAAUCCGACUCAAAAUACUACUCAGGAACCAUCGGAUACGAUACCCGAAAGCGACAAUGAAAACGACGAAGUCAAUUCGGAUGAACUGUCGGAAAAAUUAAACGCAGCAGGUUAG